AUGGCUCGCAUUGAGGAAGGUUCGUCGAUGUUGCCAGACGAAGGGACUUCUGCCGGCCCUCCCAAAAAGCGGAGACAAGUUAAGAAUGCGUGCACGAAGUGUCAGAAAGCCAGCAAAGGUUGCGAUGAUUCGCGGCCAUGCAGACGCUGUGUGAGAUAUGGGUUCGGUAUCGAGGAAUGUGUUGAUUCUCCUAGAAAGGAACGUAAGAAGGGUGCCAAACGUGGUCCUUAUAAGAAGCGGAAUGCAAUAGGUUUUGCAGUAAUUCCACUGCCAGGCGUGGCCACAGAAGAAAGUGCGAUCGGUUUCGCCUAUUCAACUUUCUACGCUGGCCCGAAUGACCCAACGCCAACGACUCAAACGAGCCAGGACGCUUGCUAUCCAACAUAUUACCCUCAAUCGAUCAUGGAGCCCUUGCACAACCCUCUAGCUAUUCCACAACCAACGUUUCCCGUCGCUCCUCCGCCAAACAUUCAUGCUUUCAAUCCGUAUGGUCUGCCUUACAUGAAGCCUCCAGCGCCACCUCAGUUGUUGCCCCCGCCUCCCGUCGAUUACACGCUACUCGACAAUGGCGAAUCAGUUCGAGAUGGUCAAAUCCACUAG